AUGGGACUUUCACCAGAGGCUAUAAUCGCACUUGUCACACUUUUCCUUGGGCUACCACUCUUAUGUAUUGGAAUAUAUCAACUACGCCUUCAGAUCCGAGCUUUGGAAGACCAAAGAAGACCAGCCGACCUAUUCAACGGAAUUCCUUACGGCGGUAGAGAUCAUGAAUACAUCUUACCGUUGCACACGUAUCGUGCUUCGUCGGUUCACACUUCUCAAGCCUACAACUAUCAAGCGCAGACGAGUCUUAACUUUACUCCUGCGGCUUCUGCCGCCUACGGAUAA